CCCUCUAGUCUCUGCGCUACCCGAGCCUAUGGUUGGCUUCCGAAAGCAACUCCGGAGAAUUCCGGAGACUUCCCCUGCACCCGGUUUCCUUUACAGCUGCAGAGUUUGGGGGCUGGAAGAAUAAUGCAUGAGGUGUCCACGGAGGCUUCAAAGAUAUGGUGAUGGUUUGGGAAGUGGAGCUGAAGUCGGUGGGGCUUUGGUGAGGACUGACAGCUUAUCAUGACGGUGUUCAGGCAGGAGAACCUGGAUGAUUACUAUGACACAGGGGAGGAGCUUGGCAGUGGACAAUUUGCAGUUGUGAAAAAAUGCCGUGAGAAAAGCACCGGUCUACAAUAUGCUGCUAAAUUCAUUAAGAAACGGAGGACUAAAUCCAGCCGACGGGGAGUGAGUCGAGAAGAUAUUGAGCGAGAGGUUAACAUAUUGAAAGAGAUACAGCAUCCGAAUGUGAUCACUUUACAUGAUGUUUAUGAGAACAAGACUGACGUCAUUCUUAUUUUGGAACUUGUUGCAGGUGGAGAACUCUUUGACUUUUUAGCUGAAAAAGAAUCUUUAACUGAAGAAGAAGCUACUGAGUUUCUCAAACAAAUCCUUAAUGGUGUUUACUACCUCCAUUCCCAGCACAUUGCUCACUUUGAUCUAAAGCCUGAAAACAUAAUGCUUCUGGAUAGGAAUGUCCCAAAACCUCGGAUCAAGAUUAUUGACUUUGGCUUAGCACACAAAAUUGACUUUGGAAAUGAAUUUAAAAAUAUUUUCGGGACCCCAGAGUUUGUUGCUCCUGAAAUAGUCAACUAUGAACCUCUUGGUCUUGAGGCAGAUAUGUGGAGCAUUGGUGUAAUAACCUAUAUUCUUCUCAGUGGUGCCUCACCAUUCCUUGGUGAUACAAAGCAGGAAACACUGGCAAACGUCUCUGCUGUGAACUAUGAAUUUGAGGAAGAAUUCUUCAGUAAUACCAGUGCUCUAGCCAAAGAUUUCAUAAGAAGACUUCUAGUUAAGGACCCAAAGAAAAGAAUGACAAUUCAAGAUAGUUUGCAGCAUCCCUGGAUCAAGCCUAAAGAUAGUCAACAAGCACUUAGUAGGAAAGCCUCUGCAGUAAAUAUGGAAAAAUUCAAAAAGUUUGCAGCCCGAAAAAAAUGGAAGCAAUCUGUUCGAUUGAUAUCACUGUGCCAAAGAUUAUCCAGGUCCUUCUUGUCUAGGAGUAACAUGAGCGUCGCCAGAAGCGAUGAUACCCUGGAUGAAGAAGAUUCCUUUGUAAUGAAAGCAGUCAUUCAUGCCAUCAAUGAUGACAAUGUUCCUGGGCUUCAGCACCUUCUGGGCUCUUUGACUAACUAUGAUGUGAAUCAGCCUAACAAGCAUGGGACACCUCCAUUACUGAUUGCCGCAGGCUGUGGGAACAUUCAGAUGCUGCAAUUACUUAUUAAGAGAGGUGCAAGAAUAGAUGUCCAGGACAAGGCUGGAUCAAAUGCAAUCUAUUGGGCAUCUCGACAUGGUCAUGUUGAGACGCUGAAAUUUCUUAAUGAGAACAAAUGCCCUUUGGAUGUUAAAGAUAAGUCUGGAGAAACAGCCCUUCAUGUAGCGGCUCGCUAUGGCCAUGUUGAUGUGGUUCAGCUACUCUGCAGUAUUGGAUCCAAUCCAAAUUUUCAGGAUAAGGAAGAAGAAACUCCUUUGCACUGUGCUGCCUGGCAUGGCUAUUACUCAGUGGCCAAAGCACUUUGUGAGGCUGGUUGCAGUGUGAAUAUUAAAAACAGAGAAGGGGAGACUCCACUUUUGACAGCCUCUGCCAGGGGUUACCAUGAUAUUGUGGAAUGCCUUGCAGAACAUGGGGCUGACCUUGAUGCAACCGACAAGGAUGGACACAUAGCUCUUCAUCUUGCAGUAAGACGAUGUCAAAUGGAAGUGAUCAAAACCCUCAUCAGUCAGGGAUGUUUUGUUGAUUUCCAAGAUAGACAUGGAAAUACUCCACUGCAUGUGGCCUGCAAAGAUGGGAAUGUGCCCAUCGUGGUGGCACUAUGUGAAGCAAACUGUAUUCUGGAUGUCACUAACAAGUAUGGCCGAACCCCUCUCCAUCUGGCAGCCAAUAAUGGAAUUCUAGAAGUGGUCCGAUACCUUUGUCUCACUGGUGCUAAUGUGGAAGCUUUAACUUCUGAUGGGAAAACUGCUGAAGACCUCGCAAGAGCAGAGCAACACGAACAUGUAGCCAGUCUCCUUUCAAGACUCAGAAAGACGUGGGACCCCAAGUGGCUGUGGGGCUCGCACGGACGUUCCCGAGAGUCUACACGGGUGAAGACAUCACUCUGGGUGCGGACAAAGAUCUCUAAUGCAGGGACUUUACCGAGCAUCUGCACUGGAGUUGGUGAUUUCAGCGUGUGGGAGUUCUCUGGGAAUCCAGUUUAUUUCUGCUGUUAUGAUUAUUUUGCAGCAAAUGAUCCCACUUCAAUUCACGUAGUACUUUUCAGCCUUGAAGAACCAUAUGAGAUCCAGUUAAAUCAAGUGAUUUUCUGGCUAAGUUUCCUAAAGUCACUUGUCCCUGUGGAAGAACCCAUAGCUUUUGGCGGCAAGCUAAAAAAUCCUCUUCGAGUAGUUCUGGUGGCCACUCAUGCUGACAUCAUGAAUGUUCCCCGACCUGCUGGAGGCGAGUUUGGCUAUGAUAAAGAUAUGUCAUUGCUGAAAGAAAUUAGGAACAGGUUUGGGAAUGAUCUUCAGAUUUCUGACAAACUAUUUGUUUUGGAUGCUGGUGCUUCUGGAUCAAAAGACAUGAAACUACUACGAAAUCAUUUGCAAGAUAUCAGAAGUCAGAUUGUUUCUGUUUGCCCUCCAAUGACACACCUGUGUGAAAAAAUCAUCUCUACUCUGCCCUCCUGGAGGAAAUUGAAUGGGCCCAACCAGCUGAUGUCUCUUCAACAGUUUGUAUUUGAUGUGCAAGACCAAUUGAACCCACUUGCAAAUGAGGAGGAUCUAAGGCAUAUCUCUCAGCAACUGCACAGCACAGGAGAAAUUAAUAUAAUGCAGAGUGAAACUGUACAAGAUGUCAUCCUCCUGGAUCCACGAUGGCUCUGCACCAAUGUUCUGGGAAAACUCCUUUCUGUGGAGACUCCCAAAGCCCUCCACCAUUACAGGGGACGGUACACAAUGGAGGACAUUCAGCGUCUAGUCCCAGAGAGUGAUGUAGAAGAAUUAAUCCAGAUCCUGGAUGCCAUGGACAUCUGUGCCCGCGACCUGAGCAGUGGCACUAUGGUGGAUAUCCCUGCUCUCAUCAAGACUGACAAUUUGCACCGGUCCUGGACUGAUGAAGAAGAUGAAGUGAUGAUAUAUGGAGGCGUCCGAAUUGUCCCAGUGGAGCACCUUACCCCCUUCCCUUGUGGGAUCUUUCACAAGGUACAAGUGAAUCUCUGUCGCUGGAUUCACCAACAGAGCACUGAAGGGGAUGCAGAUAUCCGACUGUGGGUGAAUGGCUCCAAAAUUGCCCACAGAGGGGCAGAGUUGCUUGUUCUACUGGUUAACCAUGGGCAGGGCAUUGAGGUUCAGGUCAGGGGGUUGGAAACUGAAAAGAUCAAAUGUUGCCUCCUUCUGGAUUCUGUGUGUAGCACCAUUGAGAAUGUCAUGACCACCACUUUACCAGGGCUGUUGACAGUGAAACAUUACCUGAGCCCCCAGCAACUGAGGGAACAUCAUGAACCUGUCAUGAUCUACCAGCCACGGGACUUUUUCCGAGCACAGACUCUGAAAGAGACCUCAUUGACUAACACCAUGGGUGGCUAUAAGGAAAGUUUCAGUAGCAUUAUGUGUUUUGGGUGUCUUGAUGUCUACUCUCAGGGCAGCCUCGGAAUGGACAUUCACGCUUCAGACCUGAACCUCCUGACUCGGAGAAAACUGAGCCGCCUGUUGGACCCACCCGAUCCUAUGGGGAAGGACUGGUGCCUUCUUGCCAUGAACCUGGGCCUCCCUGAACUCGUGGCAAAGUAUAAUAAUGGAACUCAUAAGGACUUCCUCCCAAGCCCAGUCCAUGCUCUCCUCCAGGAAUGGUGCAACUACCCUGAGAGCACUGUUGGCGUCUUAAUGUCCAAACUGAGAGAACUGGGCCGCCGGGAUGCGGCCGACUUUUUACUGAGGGCAUCCUCUGUGUUCAAAAUAAACUUAGAUGCCAAUGGCCAAGAAGCCUAUGCCUCAAGUUGUAAUAGUGGAACAUCUUAUAAUUCAAUUAGUUCAGUUGUGUCACGAUGAGGACAGCCAUAGGUAUGGGUAGGAUCUCUUCCAGCUACAGAAGAGGGAGAAGCACAGUGUCACAAUGGAUUCUGGUUGUCUUCAUUUAUAUGCUUAUAUACAAUCUCUUCCCCAUUGUCUCCCUUCUCCUUUACCUCUUCCACUGCCUUCCUCUCUCGCCAUACAUUCUGUUUUAUGUGAAGAAUCUUUCUACCUGGAGAGCAAACUGUUACUUUUACUUUGGCUGUUCAAAAGCUGGUCUGCUUUCAGUGUUUUCAAUCCCAUACCUAGUCCAUCAGUGUACUAUUUCCUAUUGCUAAUUAAAUUGGAGUAUCUGACUUUUCAGUGAAAAUUUUUUAAAAGCUGUCACGUUGACUGUUUUUUUUUUGUGUUUUUUUAAUGUGCAUGUAUCAAAAAUGUGCAUUUCUUUUGCCAGUUUUAUUCCUUAAACCAUCUCCUUGGCUUACCUUUUUUUAUAAACCAUAAGCUGUUUAAUAUUAAGCAGUCUGUGGUCGGUAUAACAUAACACCACUGUAUAAUUUAUAAAUAGGAAUUUUGUGAGUGCCUUUUGCAGAAGAGGAUGUGUUUGGUAUCAUCAGAGCUGGCCGAGAAUUGUCAUAAAGAAAAAGCUACCUCUAUGUCCCUAGCUGCAUGCCGAUCAUUGCAAGUGGUGCUUCACCACUGGUUUCCCUCCAGUUUUGAAGUGUUUUGCUUGACAAUAAACAGGGAGAGAGAAAAAAAAAUCCUUUCCUAGGAAAGUUUCACAUGUGACACCUAUUGCUACACAGAGUUGUGUGUAACCAAUUUUGCUUUUGUUUGAAACUCAAUGUGAAGUUCCCCCAUGAGCCUCUAAAUUGUCAUGCCUCAUUAUUUCCUCUCAUCUCAGGUAAAAGGUCCAUACAGUUGUAGGAUAACCAAAACCUGUGUAAAGUAUACGAUACCACAGAGUGAUAUUCUAUAGCUGUCAGUCAUUAUCAGUGCAUAGCAAAUGGUUUUCCGCAUUCAGGCCCUAGUUUGCUUAUUUCUAGUACUUGAAGUGUGAACGACAAAACAAUAAAGACUGUUUUCCUGCUAUGAUUUUAAAUUGUGAUAUUUAGCUUUUAAAUUAAUAUGAAGAAAGGUCCUAU